AUGGAAAAACAACUAGAAGAGAAAGAAAAAUGCUCAGGAAAAUUAGAUUUGAGUGCUCCUCUCUUGUCAACUAGGCGUUCUAGUGAAAAGCCAUUGUCUAGCACAAAUAUCCCACCUCAACUUUCAUUGGAAAUUUUUAACAGAGUGCCAUUUUCUUGGGAGCAAAGUCCUGGAAAACCAAAGGAAAUGGUAACAAACAUUGAAAUUGUACCACCUCCAAAAUUACCACCAUGCAUGUGGCAUACAAGAAAAGAAGCUGUAACAAGUACUAACGUCUACGAUGAUGAUAUUGACAACGAUGAUCAUGACGACGAAAAUGAUGUUAGAAAUGACAACCAUGAUGUUUUCUCAGAUGCUCUUGAUGUUUUUUCAUUAGGGGAGUCGAUAGACGACAAGAUUGAAACAGAACAUAGAAAAUCAAAUACUUCAACAAAUAUCGAGGAUUCGUACGAUUGGAGUACUAAUAAUAGGCCAUCGGUACCAAAUUUCAUUAUUCAGAGAUUUCUUCAAGAUGCAAAGGAACUAGCUAUUUCAUCUGCUUUGGAAAAUAAUAGGAAGAAUUUAUUAGAUGAUGAAGAAAUUGGUAGUAACAAAUUGCCCAAGGCAGCAUCAUGUGGGCUUGACAUGUUUUUUCCAUGGAGGAUUAAGCCUAAGCCCUGUUGUGUGAAGAAUUCAGUAGUGGCAGUUUCUCCAAGAAUGAGACGUCAAUGGAGCAACAGAGACAAGCAUGUAUCAGAUGCGGAUCCAAAAUUUUAA